AGUAGUUGCUGAAAUUAUAAAAGAAGAUCAUUUUGAUAAAGUGUGUCAAGUAGCUUUUAAUUAUUUAUCUGCUUUAUAUGCUAAACACUCUAACGAAAUGGAUGAAGGAUGUAAAUAUUUUUACUAUUUUGUAUAUAAUAAUAUACUGAAAAAUGAAACGAUUAAUUAUAAUAAAUUAAAAUUUUACGAAAUGUUAUUGAGAGAAUAUUAUAAUGUCCAUGAACAAGUGCAUUCCCUUGAUACUUAUAUUAAAAGCAUUGAUAAAGUUAUGCUUGAAGAAAACAACGAUUUAAUAGAAAUGUAUGAUAAUUUUGAUAAUUUUAAAAAUGUAUUAACGAAUGAAAACGAGGAACGUUGUAAAUAUGCUAAAAAAUGUAUUAAAAUAUAUGAAAAAUAUAUGGGAAAAUGCAAAAAUAACAAUGAUUUGUGUUGUUCAGAAUUAAAAAAAAUUAUGGAAAGAUUUAGUGAAUAUACGGAAAAUGAUUUCCCCUGUAAUAAUGAUAUACAAGAAUUUUUACCGUAUAUCGGAAGGAGCAAUCAGAAAGUUAUUAUUUUAAUUCCAAUUAUUCUAAUAACAUUAAUAUUAUCUAUUUUAUAUAUAUUAUAUAAGGUUAGUACUAAUUACAUUUACUA